UUCGAAAUGACGUUAUCCCGCCAUUUACAAACACUCAUAAAAGAUGUUGAAGAUUUUUACCGAUAGGUUCGCUACCUUCGCUCAACGACGGUUGCUAUGUUUUGGUUUUGGCGGAUUUGAAAAUUGUGGAAGCUUAAAGCUCAUCAGUGUGUGGAAUUGAGGAAUUCCUCCAUGUGCAUUUCCGAUAAAGCAUGUUUGCUUGUUUCGUGCAUUGACAUAUUUACUACAUAAGCAUCUUUAUUUUCAUCAGAAUAGCUUUAUUGCAUGUUUGGUUCGGAUUUUUAGUAUCGUAACCAUGGGGACCCAGAACAAUCCGCCCAGCAAUUUACGAUCAAAAUCUAGUUUUUCACAAUACGUCAGUCUUCGCCAGCAAUUGGACGACUUGGGAUACAACAACUACUUGUCAAAUGAGUCAGUACCAUUAGUGGACAAGCUGCUUAGAGAUCUCCUUCAGUAUAAAGAGUUGUGUAUGGGAAGUCAGAAGCAUCAUCAAACUGCAAGAAAAAAAAGUGAAAUAUCCUUGCCAAGUGGUUCAGUUGCAACAGAAUGUAGCCUUGAUAAUGAUGAGCGCAGAUCUCAUCAAAGGAUUCUACGUGAGGAACAAGCAACAAUUGCUCAAAUAGAAGCUCUGAAACUUGAAAACACAAAGCUUCAUGAACAAAUAGUUGAAUUUAAAUUUGUUCUUGAUCAAAAUGCCACCAUUAUUCAGAGAUUGAAAAAAGAUAAUGAUUCAAAAAGCGUAUUAAUUUUGCAGCUUCAGAAUGGAAAGGGCAAAAGUGAAGCACAGUACAGCAUAUCAAAGCCCAACAUAGAAAAAGAUGGUGAUCUUCCAGGGGCCAACCUGUCAAAAAUUCAGGCCCUCUACAAAAGGAUAUUAUCUGCAUCUGAUAAUCCUGCUAUUAUUGAUUGGGUAAAAGCUGCCGAAACGAAAAUCAGUAACUUGGAACGUGAAUUAGAUAACACUGGUAAAGCACUUGAUGUCAGCCAGAAAACUUGUGAACAGUUUCAAAAGAAGGUACUGGAAUAUGAAAACCAACUAAUUCGUCUCGAAAAAGCAGAUAGAAACAAAGGAGCUCAAACUUUUGCGCAAAUGAAAUCUCGAAUGGAACAAAAAGAGCGAGAAAAUAGAGAAUUACAGGCUCAACUAUCAGAGGCAGUCCGGAAGCAACAUGAGGCAAUGAGUAGAGCUAUUAUGUUAGCUGGCGAAAGACCAUGCAAUCGUGAAGCAGCUGCUAAAAACGCGGGUGCAGAGAAAAAAAUCAUUGGUCUUGAAUCAGAACGCAACGUCAUGAAGCAAAUGCUUACUACCACUCAGAGGGAAAGGGAUGAAUUGAUGAAAGAAGUUCAUCGUUUACAUUCUCAAGAAUCAGCGUUGAUGAACGAGAUUCGUGCUCUAGUAAGCAAUGAAUCAUCCUCACAGGGACCAAAAGUCAGCAAGAACGUACGUUUUCAAACUGAUAACAAAAGUGCAAGAUCAGCCGACUCUGGAAUUGAAUCUGCAACUGGUUCUGGGCAAGAAGAAGGUGGAGGACGCAACCGUGAAAAUUGGCUGAAGCGACUUACAGAGCAGCGUCAGCUAUAUUACGAUAACGUUCAUCAAUUACUGAACUACAUGAAAAAUCGCCAGAGCCUUCCCUCCGACUCAGGUUCUCAACAUACAAUCUCCGCAAGUAGUGUUCAAUCUUUGGGCUCAGGUUCUCGACCCGAUGGUUCUCAGUCAAACUCUCAGGGAUUUAUUCCUAAUCAAUCGACAGUUUUCCAGCAAAAUCCACCCAAUAUCACUUCAUACAAUUUAUCUCAACAACCACAUCGCAACAUGAACCAAUCUCCUUAUCACCAGCCUCCACUUCUUAAUUUUCAACCACCUAGUCAGCAGCAGUUACCGACUGACCAGUCAACGUAUAAUUGGCCUGCCGGCCAACCGUAUGCACCACAGGCUAAUACAGGAUUCGACCAAUCAAAUCAGCAACAAGUGCCAGCUGGUCGGCCGAGUUCUCAACAAUCCAGCAGCACAUUCUCGCAGCAAAAUCGUCAAGUGCACGAUCAAAGUCAUCCGAAUUCUGGUGAAAUGCCACGGCAGCAACAACAACCCAGUUACCAGUGGUAUGCUCAAUCACAGGGAAUUUCUGGACAAACAAAUGUACCACACCAGAAACUUCCUGUUUGUGUUUGUGGUGGUAUUCCCCCAGAGUUAAUGUCGCAGUCGCAGAAUCAGCGUGGUUUCCCUCAAACAUAUCAACCCGGCGUGGGUCAAUCUACUUAUCCGCAACCAUAUCUUGAUCCUAAUGUGGGUCAUCCCAACUAUCAACAAACAUAUCAAUCACAACCCAAUGCUCAGGGAUUUGCUCAGCAACCAAAUUUUUCUCCCGCUCAACAUGCUCAAAUGUUGGCUACCCAGACCAGCGGUUUUGAUAACUCUGAUCAGCCUAACUAUCGCAUCAGUAGGCCUACAACUACAAACGUUCACGAUCAGAAAACUCAAACAGAAUCCGGAGGAUCCGCCUCAGUUUAUGUACCUACUGCCGAAGAACUAAGUAAACUGCCCAGCCAGUUACAAACAUGGGCUCAAUCCAUGAUGCAGGAAAAGAAGUCAUUGAAAGAAAAGAAUUCCGAACUAAGACUUGAGUUGGAUGAAAUAUCGGAAAAUUCGCAGAAAUCGGACGGACUUGUGAAUGAAGUUGCCGACAAACUAAAAAAAGCUGAAGAUUUGAUCGGAAAACUUCAAUCCGAGCUAGAUACUUCGAAUGGUAAAUUGCGUGCUACAGAACAAGGUCUUACAAUGGAGCGCAAUAACUUACAGCAGCUUCGCCUGGAUAUUGAUGAAGCUGACGGAAAUGCCUCGUCUUUGACGAAGAAAUUUGUUGAGAAAUCAACUCAGUUGGAUGCGGCGAAAUUGUAUUGUGCUCAGUUGGAGCAAAACGUAGGGGCGCUUCAGGAUCAAAUCAAUAGUCUUAAAAGCCAAUUAGAGGCAGUACUGAGCCAGAACGAGAUCCCCAAUCCAGCGGUACAAAAGUUACUGAAUGAAAUCGAAGGUCGCAAUGCCCGCGUUCUCCAGUUGGAGAAACUGCUAUCCGAAAAACAAGACAUCAUAAAUCAACGAGAAAAAGAGUUGGAUAAAGUCAACAAUAGACUUAAAGAAUUCGAAAACGACUUGAGCAACGAAAAGGCCAAAGCGCAUCAACUUCAGCAAGACAUUGAAAAUUCUCAGGGAAAACUGAAGGCAACUGAGCGCGAAGUAUCGAUGGAGAAAAAUAGACUUCAGCAGCUCCAAAUGGACAUCACAAAUGCCGACAUGAAUGCCGCGGCUCUAGCGAAGAAAAUGAUGGAGAAAUCGACACAGCUGGACGAUGCAAGACAGCGUUGCAAUGAAUUGGAACAGAAAGUUCUCAGAUCAGAAGAACAAGUGGGCAACCUCCAGGGUCAAUUACGCGGCUUACAGGUGCAACGUGCUCAAGGUGAUACUGAACAACGACAGCUUUUGGACGAACUGGAUGCAUGUAAGGCACGUAUCAACCAAUUGGAGAGGCAGUCUUCCACAAAGCAGGACACGAUAACCAUGCUCCAGAAUCACAUUUCCACUUAUGAAAACAAGAUUCACAUGCUUGAAAAGGAAACUGGCGAUAAAAACAGCCAAGUGGAAUUGAACCGUCGUCAGAACGAACGUCUCGCUAAUGAAAUUGAUCAAGCUAAGAUUGAUAAUUCAUCACUGCGACAGGAAAAUGAGCGGCUGGUGGCUUCCCUUGCACAAAGUCGUGGUGAACUGGAUCGCGAACGUAAGGGAGCAGAUGAUCUGCGUCGAGAGAUCCAGUCCUAUAUCAGCCACGUCCGACAAGUCGAGUCUAUUUUGGCACGAAAGGACGAAGAAAAGGAUGCCCUCUUGAAGCAGUUCCAAGCUCUGGCAAACGAGACGAGCAGUUUCGAUACAGAACGAGAGAAUAUGGAGCGAUCCAUUCGAAGUCAGCAACAAGAAGUGACUACCUUGCAAGCAGAAUUGUUGACUGUAAGGCGGCGACUUGGAGAGCUCGAAGCGCUCUAUUCACAACAGAAAACCGCUGGAGUUCAAUCAGAAAUGCAAGCAGAUGAUUUACUACGAAGAUUGGGAAUUUUGGAAAGAGAUUUGCGAGAUGAACGCGGAGAUAAGGUUCGACUGGAACAGCAACUUGCUUCUGCCCAUGACCUCCAGAUUAAACUUGAGAAGCAGCUAGAGAAACUUCGAUCGGAAGCUGCGCAAGCAGAUUCAACAUCUCAUCAGAUGGAAGCGGAAACUACGCGGUUACACGAGGAUUUCCGCGUUCUGGAGCAACGACUAUCGAAAGAGAAGGAAAAUGUCCGCAAUUUAGAAUCGAUUGUCUCCAUUUUGCGGCAAGAAAGAUCCCAACAAGAAAACCAGAUGCGCAACAUGUCUCAAGAUUUAACCCGCUUACAUCACAGAGAAAUUAUUUUGCAGGAAGAAUUAGCCAAUGUGAAAGCAGAGCUGUGUGGAACAGAAGGCAAAGUUGCCGAUUUAACUCGUGAAAACCAACGAUUGAAACAAGAGGUCCUCCAAGAAAAAUUUGAACGCGAAAAAAAUCGCCAGGAAUAUAAACGCAUGGGCAACCUGAGUCAUACACCACCCUUAUUAACCUCCUACAAUGUUUCACCUGCUCCUGGAGCUUUUCACGUACCUUCUGGAGCAUUGCACAACCUUUCAACUGCAACAAUAGGCACCCAUACUUUAGCUCCCAGUGCUGGCGGGUCGUCGACCGGUACGCCCAGAAGAAGACAAACAGUUGCAUCUCGUUUUGCCAAUAAUGCGACACAAACGUGAUUUUUUUUCCAACUCGGCACAAUUUAAAUUGAUUUCGUAACUACAAAAUUCUCGAAAAUACACUACAUAUUUAUUCUA